CACCAGUUCCUCCCCCUCCGACCCAACCGUGAUUGGAAGACCCCACCUGUCCCGCCAGUUUGCGAUCAAGUAGGCUCAGGUGAUGCAAUCUAGUUUGUUCGUGACGGGCUUGCGCAGGAAAAUAACACUGCACAGCAGUCGAAUAGCACACACGGCCUUCCAGAGCGACGUCAUCGGUCAGCAACCAGACUGAUCCCACAAUUUUAGUGAUUAUCCACAAGCAUCGUAGGACUAAGCAGUACACGAAAGUGGCUGAACACGCCGUUGCAGAGGACGGACUACGAGAGAAAUGGAGCCGAGUAACUCGCCAACUUACUCCAUCGAGCAACUGCGCCAUGUCGCACUCCACUUUCCCAUAAUCGACAAUCAUGCCCACAACCUCAUUCUGCCAACACACGCGGAUACCAUUCCAUUCGAGACCAUCACUUCGGAAGCUCAGGGUCGAGCUCUACGAGAUACAUUCAAAUCGCUCGCCCAUCUCAGAGCAGCAAGACAGCUGCGUGAGCUGUACCAGCUGGAUGAAAACGCCAGCUGGACAGAAAUACUCGAGCAAAGAGAGGAAUGGCUCCACUCUGACCAUGAACGUCUCAACCAGCGUUGCUUUGAAGGUGUUACCGCCCUCCUCAUUGAUGACGGCCUCGCGGAACCUGGAAAGGUCCACCCGUACGACUGGCAUGACCGGUACACAGAUGCACCGAGCAAGCGUAUUGUACGUAUCGAAACUGUUGCCGAGCGAUUAAUGGAGGACAUCGUCAAAGACUCAGACGAGGAUGAUCUUGGGAAAGCACAUUUCUAUACCAAGACCUGGACUACUUUUAUGGACGAUUUCGAACGUAAGAUCCAAGACUCCAUCGACGAUCGGGAAGUCGUCGGAUUCAAAAGCGUCAUCUGCUACAGGACCGGACUCGAUGUCGAGGAGGACUAUGAGCGCGCUGCGAAAGCAGUCGGGUAUCCAUUCGAGCGCUACGUCAAGAGCUGCGUCCGCAAGCGCAGCUUCAGGAUCGAGCGGAAGGCCCUCAACGACUAUCUCGUUUUGAGGACCCUCGAGAUCUUGUCGGAUCAUGUGGGACGCUCGGACGACUUCUCGAAGCCUCUCCAGUUACACACUGGACUCGGCGACAAUGACAUUGAUCUGAGCUUGUCGAAUCCAGCGUUCCUCCAACCCCUCAUCGAGAAUUAUCCGAAUGUGCCGUUCGUCAUCCUUCACUCUGCUUAUCCGUAUACCCGUGAAGCUGGAUACCUUGCGACGGUGUAUAAGCAUGUCUACCUAGACAUUGGCGAAGUCUUCCCCAUGGUCAGUCGAGACGGACAGAAAGCUAUCCUGCGUCAAGCUCUAGAAUUGGUGCCGGGUAGUAAGCUCCUCUAUUCAAGUGAUGGGCACUGGUUUCCGGAGACAUUUUGGCUGGCCAACAAGCAGUUUAGAGAGGUGUGGCUGGAGCUACUCAUCGAGUACGUCGAGAAGACCGACCUGACUACCAACCAAGCUAUUGGUAUGACCAGAGAUAUCCUGUUCAACAACUCGAACGCGCUGUAUAAAUUACGCUACGAGGCUCUGUUCACAGAUAUACCACCAGAGCCGCCCAAGCAGCUGACAUUCAAUCCAAAGAGUGUCGAGGAACCACAGCCGCGACCACAGUCACAAAUACAGCCUCCUAUCACUCCUAUUCCCAUGCCAUCUCCGCCACGAAGGAGUACCGCGUCUCGUUCAGACUCUCAGAUCUCACCUGGCCAGCGAUCUGCUAGCCCAUACGAACCCCCUCCUGGUCCACCGCCAGGGUUUUCCCAGCUGUACGAUGUCGCUCUUUUCGACGACUUCAGAAGACAAAAUCCGAGUGUCAAUUUUGUGUAUGUGCAGUGGCUCGACUACAUGGCGACGAUGCGAGUACGUGUCCUGCCUAUCAAGGAGUUUACCCGUAUCAUUUAUGAAGGCCAGCGUAUUGGCAUCGCUCAAGGUAACACAGGGACAUUGCAAAAUGAUGCCCUAACACCUGUUGUCAACACUACAGGACAAAUCUAUGUCGAACCGGAUCUGCGUUCCUUGUGUCGAGCGCACGACAAGGACCCUCUGAAGGCGGCAACAGUGAUGAGCUACUGGCGCUCUGAAGAUGGCCGACCGCUACCCUCUUGCCCUCGCAACAAUCUCGAUUCCCUCGUAAGGGAGCUUCAAGAGAAAUAUAACACCACUCUUCAGGUUGGAUUCGAGAUCGAGGUUACCUUCCUCUCCCACGACAAACCUAUCAAUCCGUUCAACUCAGAGCAAAAACAGAGCACUUACGCGCCAGUCACCGAUGUCCAUGCAUGGUCCACCCUGACUCCUACGCAAUGGCUUCAAACGACCAUGCUCGGCGAAAUCGCUACGUCUCUCGCAACCAUGGGCAUCGACCUGCAGCAAUUCCACGCCGAAUCCGGGCCCGGCCAGUACGAAUUCAUCCUGCCGCCCGCGCCCCCCCUCCUCGCCAUCGACACGCUCCUCCAGACCCGCCAAGUCAUCGCGCAAAUCGCCGCCCUCCACGGCGCCCGCGCAACACUGCACCCCAAGCCGUUCGGCGCCAAAGGCGCGGGCUCUGCCGCCCACGCACAUAUCUCGCUGCAGCCGCCCGCGCGCGACAAGGACUUCUUCGUUGGCGGUGUGCUGAAGCAUCUUCCCGCGCUGUGUGCGUUUACGAUGCCGGAUGCGCAGAGCUACGGGCGCGUGGCGGAUGAUCAGUGGUCCGGCGGGUCGUGGGUUGCGUGGGGCACGCAAAACCGCGAGUGUCCGCUGCGGCGGGUUGAGGAGGGGCGCUGGGAAGUGCGGUGUCUGGACGGGCUGGCGAAUAUGUACUUUGUGAUUGCGGGGGUUGUUGCGGCGGGCAUGUUGGGCUUGUCUUCGGUGUCUGCAGCGCCGCCAGUGCCUGGUCCGGUGUAUGAUCAGGCUGGACCUGGGGCGGCUGAGCAUGGUGGUGUGGGGUUGGCAGAGGGGGAGGACCGGCUGAGGCAGUCGGGGUCUGAGGCGGCGUACAAGGAGAUGGAUCUCCCUGUCAACCCUUCGACGCUCGACGACGAGGGCAGAGCGAGGUAUGGGAUUACGCGGAAGAUGCCCAAGUCUUUCGAUGAAGCGUACUCCGCACUGAGAGCCGAUGGGCAGCUGAAGGAGGCAUUGGGGUCAGGGCUGGUGCGAGACUAUCUAACGAUGAAAGAUUACGAGCAGGAGAUGUUAGACAAGAUGGACGAGGCGAAGCGGAGAGAGUGGCUGAUUGAGCGGUACUAGAUUAUAGAUUUCUGGAUCGAAUAUGCACGUUUUUGGUUCAUCAUCACGAGCAAAG